AUGUUCACAAAAAAGUUCAGUCCAUACGGUCCACUAGGCGAGCAAGCAGCCAAGCUGAAUUCUCAACACAAAGAUCUGGAUGAAAUGAUCAAAAACAUUCUGACAGGGCUUAAUAAACAGGUAUCUGAAAGACACUCUGCAGAAGCUGGACAUGGAACAUCCCUGCAGCUGAGUAUACACACAGCAGAUGGUCCUGAGAAUAUCAACCUUGUAUUUGAAAGUGCUGAGGGGAAACUAGACUGGGAAAAUGAUUUUAUGAAAUGGAAAGAAAAGAUGGAGAGAGAGGCUGAAGCACCCCCGGACCUUCUCAGCCUGAUUCCUAUUCGCAAGACACGUGCCGGACUUCAGUUUACGUGUGCUUCUCCCACCCUAGGUUUAAACAGCCACGGGUUAAAGGAUGUCUGGGUGUGUAAUAGUGAUGGAUAUGUCGGACAAGUUUGUGUUCUCAGUCUCCGACCAGAACCCACAGUGAUUUGUUGCAAUGGAGUUUGCAACGCUAGAAUUCUUUCCAUUGUAUCAGUGCCCAGUGAUAAUCCAGAACCAGUUUUAGAGUGGCAUCAGCACUCUUCUCUUAGAAAAGAGUGGCCAAGUUGGUCCGCCCCAUCAACACCAGCUGCCCAGGGCUGGGUAACGCCCCCAACCUCUGGGGACUGGACGAGUAAAUCCUGGGGUGUGUGUUCAGAUGGAGGAACAGAGGAGUCUAGUCCGCAGUCUACAGGAGUAGGACCUAUUCUUGAUAUAUCCAGUGAAGAUGAUGAGGACUCUAGUAAUAGGAGUCAGAUAUUCAGACAAGAGCAGGUUCCGGCUACAAUGUGGUUGGGAACAGAGGACGGUACAAUCCACGUGUACAACUGUACAGACAAUAUCAGGAUUAAGAAGAACAAAGAGAAGUUUGUACAUAACAGUCCUGUACUGCAUAUAGAAUAUCACAACAGUAAAGUUUAUGCGGCGCUGGGCAGUGGUGAGGUGUAUAUUUACUCACGGGAUUCAAACGGACAAUGGGAUAAGAACGGGUUUGUUGUGAAGAAUGUCGGCACACCCAACUACCCUGUCACAAAGAUGUGUGUGGUGUGUGAGAGUGUGUGGUGUUCUACACACAACAAGAUCAGGAGAUUGGAUACACGUACACACAACGUAGAGGAGGUCACACAUAUCACAGGAGACAACAGUAAAAGUAUUGUAUGUAUGGAACUUCAUGGAGUUGGAUUAUGGAUAGUACAACAAAAUUCUGCUGUAGUUCAUCUCUAUAAUACUAAAUCAAGGGUAUUCCUGCUGGAGGUAAACCUAACAGCAACAGUUUCAAAAAUGUUGGCCAGCUGUGAUGAUAUUAUAAGUCGAUCGUCAACCUACUGUAACAUGUAUAAUUCUGAAAGCAACACAACACAACACCGAAGAUCUUAA